AUGAAGUCCAUCACAACUCUUGCUUUACUCGGCGCUCUUGGCUGCGUCAGGGCAGCCAACGACGACACAAUCGGGUUUGGGCCGUACUUUUCCCUUGGGCCUACGGCUUCAUGGAUUCGUUCAGCCAAAACAACACUGGUGUUGCCCAAAGUCCCUACUCCUGCGACCGAUCGUCUUGCUUUGUGGCCGGGCAUGGGCACUAGUGGGAAUGAUUUAAUCCAAGCUCUGGCGGUCUCCUUCUCCGACCCUAAGGCUAACUGCGGUGCUACCGCGGGUCAGUGGUGCGUGUGGGCGAGCACAUUGCAGGAUGGUACUCAGCUUGGAGGGACACAAGUACCAGCAAACGCUGGUGACCAGAUCACAAUGAAUUACGUGUACAACGAUAGCACUAGCAAGUACGACCAGACCGUCUCUAUCAAUGGCAAGCAAGUUUCAACCUUGUCGACCUCUUCCGGCCAGGCACAGGGUUGGGGAACGGCUGUUGAGUGUCAAGCGCAAGCUUGCGACAGCAGCGUCCCGGCGCAUUCGUACACUGAAACUACCAUUACACUGAACGCAGCGGACACCACAUUCGCAAAGACGUUGGCCUUGAACGAGGCAACUUCCACUGGACUCAAGACGUCGGAUAACAAGGUUUUUACAGUCACGACUAUAAACGUUGGAGCCCACACGUUCAAUCUUUAA